UAUAAAAGUUGUGAAUCCGAUCAGGGCUAAGUGUUCUGAGUAUGUGCCACUGAAGAGUGUCACUGCAAACAUUACUAAAAGACAACAGUUUCAACAGAAGAACAAAAUGACGAUUUUUCGCUCACUAGCACUACCGAUCUUCGUGGUCCUCAUCAGGACACUCGUAGAGACUGACGUCAGUUCCGCUCAACAGGCACAGACCAACAACGCUUCUCACCUGUUACACGACCAGAUAACGAACCUCUUGAAGGGGAACCCCACACCUCAACAGGUGCGGUGCGUUGUAUGUGCUGGCCUCGCUGACGACGUGGCGCAGUGUCGAGAUGUUAGGGAUGUCGGACGCUGCAUUACUAACAGUAGUACUCCGAUCAGCGCGACAAGAAAGAAACGACAUGCGAGCCGUCGCUGGAAUCCAUUUACGUGGAACAACUUUCCAAGCUUUCCACGUUUCCAAACCGUCCUUCCUGGUUCGGGUCAAGGAAGGCCCGUCAUCUGCCCUCAGCAAAUGCCCCAGAGCUUUAAUUACGCCCUGAGCUCGGAUGCUACAGGUUAUCCGAUCAUUGAUCUUGCCACUGAGAUUUCAAUAAACCCUUUAAUAGACUGCCUUUCCCAACAAGUUGUAUUUGAAGAUGACCCUCCACCGCUGUAUAACGAUCCCUUCAUUCAGGAGUCCAGUUACACCUGUCCGUUCGUAGAGCUUCGACUUUACAGUUAUUACAGUCUUAACGCCCGAUCCAGAUGUUGGGUCAUGCAGACGUUCCAGGAAAUCAUCAUGUACAAACUCUGCACUACCAGAUUCUGCCAAAAGUGCGACAUACCUUCCACAAGCUCCUGGCCGUGGUACGGGUUCUCAAGAAAUCAGACGGUGAACCUGUGCACUACAGAGUACAAGCGGGUGUCUCUGUGGGCCUACUGCCCAGACCUCAACUCUGGCGAGCGCAUCGUCUGGGAUCGCAUCAUCCUCCCAGUGUGUUGCCGCUGUCAGCCAGUCAACUGCACCGUAACUUAAGGAGAAAUGACUAGGUUAAUUUCUCACUGUCUCCUCAAAUAGUGCUUCACGCAGUGCCUUUAUAUUUAAGUUCUUUGUUAAUUAGUUUUUUAGGCCUCUCAAAACUUUUGAUCUCACCCUGUUUGAGAGAGACAACUGAAAUGCUUCUCACACAUACCGCCGAGUCCUGAGCGAGACAGUUUUAUCUUUUCUAUUCUGUUUUGAUUGGCUUAAUAAUCUUUAAUAUUUUAAAAAGCUAAUGAUCUCAGCCUGUUAAACACAGUUAAGACACCCAGUACAACUUACCUUCAAGAUUAUAAAAGACAAUUUACUGGUAGACUCUAUAACUGCUCAAGUUCAUUAUUAAGUGUAUUGUUAUAAAAUAAGGAAAUGUUAUUGUAAAUUGUAUGCUAGCUAGUGGGACACAUAUCUAAAUAUAAUUCAAGAGAGAAAUAAUUGUUGUCAUUUAGUAUUUUAUUAACUAAACUUUAA